UCGACCAGACAUCAGUGUCGCGAAACCAGCCGACGAUUCAGUUGACGUCUGCUAUUUCUGACGUGUUGCAACUUCCGAGUUUAGGUCUGCUCAAAAUUGAACUGCGUCUGUUUGUCCACGUGCUGUUGUGUUAAGCGCAUUCAGCAUGAGCUGGACCAACAGAAUGGCUCGUCACGGAAGUGAACGCUCGCUCCAGUCGCUGAGUUUAACUUCGGCCCGGAAUUCUGGGCAAUCUUCCGCCCCCGGCGUCCCGGAUCCCCCGGGUGGUAUGCCCGGUACCAGCGUGGUUGUGAAGUCGCCCUCGACGCCGGCGAACGCCGCCGUGUCUUCGACGCCCUUGCAGACGCCGUCCCCGACUUCGGGCGAAAAUUCGCGCAUCCCCCGGCCAUCUCCGGCGCCCCUUCGACGCGCCGGGAGUUUACGCGUGCGCGGGGAACGUGCCCUGGCACACCAGCAUCACAGGACCCCCGUGGGUUCAGCCGUCCACCACCUCCAAGGGAACACCAGGCACCCGCAGGAGUUCUUCCCCGCCAUCACGGAGAAUGGAGUCAGUUCGCCCCGGCACCGAUCUCUCAGUUUGUCACUGACACCAGUGCGGCCGCGAAAUAGCAACGCGGCCGCGAGCUUGGGGGCUGAUGACAGCGAUGCAGAUAGCCUGAAAAGCUAUGGGAGUGCUUGCAGCACCGCAAGCGCCUGCGAUCAUGCACUGUUUGCACUAAAUGGUACGACUUGGUCUGGGAAGUCACGUAAAUAUGUGGUACACUGUUCCAAUCACAAUGGUGAUACGGAACGGUAUCUUACACCGACUCAACGUGCUGCUCGACAGAUAAGGAAGCUUCAAACUCUUUUGACUGAUGCUAAGAAGGAAAUCGAGGAAAAGGAUCAAGAGAUAUUUCGCCUGGCUAAGGAAGUUGUGGAACUGCGUUUGUACAAAGCAUCCCUCAACAGUCCUGACGAUAGAACAGACAGUAGCGAUGCUUUGACUGUUCGAGAGAAUAAUCUUCUGUCUCCUGAAUCACCUUGCAAAGAUCUUCCGGAUGAGGAGUGCCUCAAGUCUCCCAUUAACCCAGAAAGUCCUGAAAAAAUUAAUUCCUCAGACCUACCUUCAUCGUUGGCGGAUUCCGGACACUUUGAAGACAGUUCGGUUCAUUCCAAGGAUUCUGCCUCCUUUCCUCCUACUAGUACCAACUUUUCAAACAGUAGACAAAAUAACGAACGCGAUGAGGAAAGACGAAGAAUCGUUAAUUUGUACGAAAGCAGGAUUGAGGAGAUGCAUCGCACGCAUAUCGACGAAUUGCAGACCCUCAAACAAAAACACAAUGACAAGGUGGAGAGUCUUCUUACACAGCUAUCAGAAAUAAAUAUAAGAUAUUGUGAAGUUCGUCCGAGUAUGGAUGCUGCAGAAACACGAACUCGUGAGUUGGAGACCGAGCUAGAGGCUGUGAAAAAAGAACUUGGUGAACAAAAAGCUUUACUGGAUGAGCAAGAGGAAAGGAAUAAACAGAUGUAUCUGAAAAUGUAUGCCAAAGGUCAAGAGGCAGCUCGUAUAGAACAUGCUGACCAGAUAUUAGAGCAAGCGCAUCAAACUCCGUCGAAAGUAUCUGUACCUGAAUUACUGCAGCAGUUAACCAUAACGAAAGCCGAACUAGAGAAUAUUAAGGAUACAAGCUACACGCCUGAACCUCACAUUUCAGCCGAUAGUAGCAAAACUUUGUUAAGCGCUAAGGAGGCUGUUUCUCUCUGGGUCCUUGGCGUUCGUAAGGCAAUGUAUCGGCGCAUCAUAGAAUCACGAAGCAGCCAAGGAGCUCUGGACCCUGAAAUAACACUGCAAUUCCUGAAGUCAGCAGUUUACUACUUUCUCACGGACAGAGAAAACCACAACGGUCACCUAAACGCUAUUGAAAGUAUCCUAGGUUUUACUGAAGCAGAGAAGCAUAACAUCGACAAACUUUAUCGAUCCCUUAGAAAAUAAUUACUACCUAUUCUAAAACUAUGCCUUCAUUGUCGUCAAUAAUGUUAAUAAUGAUGUAUGGUGCUGUAGUUGUUUGCAGUUUACGGAAAAACUUCAUUUACUUUAUAGAGUAUACUCACAGUAAUAUUACUUACUUCUUAUCAACGAUUUGUCAAUCAACAUUGUCAAUUCUUUACAGCUGACUCUUGAGCCAAACAUUUUUCUGAUGUCUAGAAAUGUAUACAGUGAAAUUUUCCAGAACAUUUUUCAUUUUCAAAUCGAUCAAUUACUCUAUGUAUUGAAAUUAGAAAUGAAAGUAAAAAUCAGUGAGAUAAACAUAAACUUGCUUAUCCCGUCGCUCUAGACAAACACAGAGUAUUUGGUGAAACUGGGCUACUUGAGCCAGUUGAGGCGAGUGGAUCUUGUGCUACUUCUGUGGCAUGAUUUUUUGAGUAUAAGUGGGUACCUUUCCCAAAUAUUCCUCGUAUUAAACAUGAUCCAAACGUUACCAUACUUCUAAAUUUUUACUUUUACCUCUGUAAAAUGUGAUUGGACCGUUGGAAUAAGGUUUAUGUUCGAGCAAGGUUUCAAACGAAAGAUACUGUAACUAAAAGCAUUCAUUCAUUUCAUGAUUUUGAUAUUCCAUCCCUUUUGGAAAAAACCUUCAACUUUCAGGUAAAUUCGUAAUGCCAACUCAUAGAUAAUUCUAAAAUCCCAUAAGAAAAAAGUUGAGGGUAUGCACCCCCAAGUUGAGGUUUUUUCCCGUCAGACUAACAUACAUAAAAUUGACUAACGCAAAUGUAAUGAAUAUCUUCCAAAUUUGACAUAACUUAUUACUAAUUUAAGUGGGGAAAAAUCCUGUUUUUGAAAUCAUUACGUGGCUACUAAGAAAUUGAAUUUGAAUCUUAGUAUUGUAAUGAAUGCUGUAAACGUUUGUGUUAUUUUUAUUUUGAAUGCUAUUACCAUUUGAACUCUUGUUCCUGAACUUUGGAAUCAGCACCAGACAUCAAAUUUUACUUUGCCGCUGCUGGAUAGCGAGCAGUAUUAAUAUUAUGCAUCUGUUUACUAUAAAUUUAGAUGUAAGGUUCCGAGAUUUAAAGCUACAUCUUUAAUUCCAUUUACCGCAUACAUAUCCGUAAACUGUUUUAAUUUUACAAUCGAAAGAAAUGUCGCAUUUUUAUUUUAUUGACAAUCAGCUGUCACAUACAUUAUAGUGAAAAGCAUGUUAUGUACUUUUCGAAUCGUAUGAUAAAAUAUUCGGUACUUUGAAUCAAUCUCACUUAUAUUAAUAUAUUACUAUAUAAUGUAUAAUUUUGAGAUUUGAAAUUUUUGUGCAUGAUAUGUAAUGCUUAUUCAUAUCCUGCUUAUGAAGUACGAAAAAAAAACUGCUUUGCAUACAGUUGCAAGGAGUCUAUUUCAUUAAUUUUUUCAAAACCAUGUUCAAAAUAAACUUUAAUCUUUAAGAAAUAUCCCUGCUUACAAAGUCCGACAGGACUUGAUAGAUUACGAUUAGGUAUUAAAGAAUAUCACGGUAAUGGUGGAGAAACAUGAUACAAAGUGAUAAGUCUGUCGUGUUUCUGAAUCUUAUUCUCUAAUACUCUAUCAGAAUCUUUCAUGUCGUAUUAAACUUCUCCAGCAGGGAUUACAGUGAUUCCUAAAAUGGCAAUAGAUUAAGUAUAUUUAUAUCUGUAUUGCGGAAACGAGUAUAUCUUAAUCAAUCGGAAGUCUGGUGGUAUGGCGUCCAGAUAGAAUAGAAAUAAGAGGAGACUGAGGAAAAUAUUGUACCUUUAAAUCUGUGUUUGUCUAAAUAUAACUUUGUUGCAGAUGGGCUCACAAUUACUGACAGAUACUGUAAUUAUUUUGCAAGCUCAUUCUGUUGCCGCUAAUGGAAUGAAAGUAUAUUCUUUCUUCACAGUAAUUGGUGGGAAAAGUUUUUUUUACUUUUUAUUUGAAGGGUACAAUCAUUUUAUCAGUACUGAUAAAUCGAAGAGGCUGAAGUCAAAUAUAUACUACCUAGCUAACAAUAACAAUCCGUGGUAAUGAUAAAAUUUAUUUUUAUGGAACGAACAAUAUGUUGGUUUUUAUGGUUCUUGGAAUGUAAAGAACGGGGGCUACAAUUUCAGUAAUUGCAGUUUAUAAGCUUCAAUAUUGAUCUUAAUCAGGUAUUUAUUCAUUAUCAUGUGAUUACGAACCCAUCGAUAAUUUUUACAUUAGGCUUGUGUAUCCUUCCUAUUUGAAGUAUUUAUGCACGAAUAUGUAGAUCUAAUUAGUUUGAAAGAUGUGAGACCCGGUGUGGGAAAGCACAGAGCUUUUGUAAAACCCCAGCUGCUGAAAAGUAUUUUUACUCCAUUACUACUUAAGUAAUUAAGAUUAUCAUUAAGCAGCCUUUGACUGUAUGUUACUAGUUUGCAAACUCUAACGUAUGCAGAUAAAUAAAAGUAUAUUCUAUA